AUGCAAUGCUAUACGGAGUUGACGCCUCCGACGGCCGUCACACACUCCCUUGCUCUGCCAUUCACGUCGGCGCAAAGUAACAACCUCGUCGUUGCUCGCGCUUCCCUACUCCAGAUCUUCACCAAAUCAGUAUCGGCCGAGUUCGACAAUGCGCGCAACCCUCAGAACGUUCAAUCCCAAUCCUCCAAGUUGACAGGACACUAUGACAGUCGAAUAAAUGACGACGAUGGCCUCGAGGCUUCCUUUCUGGGAGGGGACGCCAUGAUCAUUCGAUCAGAUCGAUCAAGCUAUACAAAAUUGGUUCUCGUAGCCGAGUACCCUCUCUCUGGCACCGUGACAGGUCUUGCGAGGGUCAAGCUGCCAACUUGCAAGUCCGGUGGCGAAGCGUUGCUGCUUGCCUUCAAAGAUGCCAAGCUCAGCCUGGUCGAGUGGGAUCCUCAGAAACAUACAAUAUACACAACCGUGGUUCACUAUUAUGAACAAGACGAGCUACAAAGGGUCCCAUGGGCGGCUCCGUUGAGUAGCUACGUCAACUUCUUGGCGGCCGACCCUGGCAGUCGAUGUGCUGCUCUUAGGUUUGGCGCACGGAAUCUUGCUAUCUUGCAGUUCAGUCACAACGAUGAAGACAUUGAAAUGGAUGACUGGGAUGAGGAGCUGGAUGGGCCCCGGCCAGUGAAAGAGAUGUCGACCACGCUUGUAAAUGGAACUAGCAGCAGUGAAGACACACCGUAUUCAUCCUCAUUUGUCCUGCGACUCUCCAAUCUUGAUCCUAGCCUCAUCCAUCCUGUGCAUCUUGCCUUCCUCCACGAGUACAGAGAGCCGACAUUUGGCAUAUUGUCCUCAACCAUGGCCCCAUCUGCGAGUCUUGGCCGGAAGGACCACCUGUCGUACAUGGUCUUCACACUGGACCUGAAGCAGAAGGCAUCCACGACCAUUCUGUCAGUCGGUGGUCUGCCACAAGAUCUUUGGCGCGUCAUUGCACUGCCCGCGCCAGUUGGAGGUGCGCUGUUAGUCGGCACCAACGAACUUAUCCACGUCGAUCAAUCCGGUAAAUCCCACGGCGUUGGUGUCAACACCUUUGCGAGACAUACCACAUCUUUCGGGCUCGUUGACCAGUCCGACCUCGAUUUACGACUCGAAGGCUGCGACAUUGAAGUACUCUCUGCGGAAAACGGGGAGCUGCUGAUGGUGUUGAAUGACGGGCGACUCGCGUUGAUAUCCUUCCGGAUCGAUGGGCGAACGGUUGCAGGCUUGAGCAUUAGGCUAGUUUUGCCGGAAGCUGGCGGUUCCAUUGUUGACACAUGUGUAUCGACACUCAGCCGGCUUGGAAAGGGGUGUCUCUUUGCAGGCAGCGAGGAUGGCGAUUCGCUUGUGAUCGGGUGGACACGAAAACACAGCCACGUUUCCAAGAAGAAGCGAAGCACCCAAGAUGACUCUUUGGACCUCGAUACGGACGAUGAAGACUUUGACGACAUGGACGAUGAUGACUUAUACGCUGACGAUUCGGCUUUAGUCCCUCAAGCCUUAGCAGCAACUCAUAAUGCCGGCGUGAAAACUGGCGACUUAGUCUUCCGUGUCCAUGACAAACUAGUUACUCUGGCUCCGAUCAAAGAUAUAGCCAUCGGACAAAAUGUGAUCCCUUCAGACGAAGACCCAACCAGCUCCAAAAUGGUCGCCAGUGAUCUGAGUCUGGUUUGUGCCGUUGGGAGAGGCAAUGCGGGCUCGGUUGCCAUUAUUAAUCGCGAAAUACAACCCAGGGUCAUUGGUCAUUUCGAGUUUCCGGAAGCGAGGGGUUUCUGGACGAUAGCCGCGCAAAAACCCGUACCUAAGGCUCUGCAGGGGGAUAAAGGCGCUUCGAUUGACGCAGAGUACGCUACUUCCGUGCAGCGCGACACUUUCAUGAUUGUUUCCAAAAUCGACUUAGACGGGUACGAGACAUCCGAUGUGUACGCUUUGACAGGCGCUGGCUUCGAAGCCCUGACUGGGACUGAAUUCGAGCCUGCUGCUGGCUUCACGGUAGAGGCAGGGACCAUGGGCAGUUCGCACCGGAUAAUACAAGUGCUCAAGGCAGAAGUCCGCAGCUACGAUGGCAAUUUCGGGCUCAGUCAAAUUUUGCCCAUGUUGGACGAAGAGACAGGGGCAGAGCCCAGAGUAGUCAGUGCCAGCAUAGCUGACCCCUUCCUCCUGCUUGUGCGAGAUGACUCGAGUAUCUGCGUGGCCAAAAUGGACAAAAAUCUCGAGUUAGAAGAGCUUGACAAGGAUCACGUGGGCCUUGUCACUACGAGAUGGCUCACGGGUUGCUUGUACGAGGAUACGACUAGCAUUUUUACGGACGUCCAAACCGACAAAGGCUCCAAGCCAGGAGAGAACAUAGUCAUGUUCCUUCUAAGUGGGACUGGUGCUUUAUACGUAUACGCGCUCCCCGAUCUUACCCAACCGGUUUGCGUUGUCGAGGGCUUAUCUUACGUUCCGCCGAUACUCUCAGCCGGUUACUCGGCUAGGAGAGGAAGCGCCAAGGAAGCUCUCACGGAGAUCCUCGUUGCCGAUCUUGGAGAUACCACCUCAUCAUCUCCAUUCUUAAUCGUACGACAUGCGAACGAUGAUUUGACCAUAUAUGAACCCUUUCGCAUCACAUCCGAAGCCUCAACCGAACUAUCGAAGUCAUUGCACUUUCAGAAGAUCACAAAUGCUCGCCUCGCCAAGAGUCCCGUUGAAGUGGCAGACGACGAAGCCGAGCAGCAGCCUCGAAACGUACCGUUACGACGUUGCGCAGAUGUUGGCGGGUUCAAGACUGUGUUCCUUCCCGGCGCCUCUCCGAGUUUCAUCAUGAAGUCGUCGAAGACGCUUCCCAAGGUCAUUGGCUUGCAAGGCGGCGGCGUUCGGACCAUGAGCCCUUUCCAUACCGAAGGAUGUGAACGCGGCUUCAUUUACGCCGAUUCAUAUGGCAUCGCCAGGGUGUCACAAAUACCAACAGAUGACACUUCCUACGCCGAAAUCGGCAUGUCCCUAAAGAAAGUGCCGCUUGGCGCUGAUAUUAAUUCGAUCGCUUACCACACACCGUCAACCACGUGGGUGGUUGGAUGCGACACGCUGGAAUCAUUUGAACUUCCAAAAGAAGACGACUAUCAUAAGGAAUGGCAGGCGGAAAAGGACCUUACAUUCAAACCCCGGGUGGAACGUGGGCUCAUCAAAUUGAUCAACCCGUCCAAUUGGACAGUUGUUGACGAGGUUGAGCUUGAGUCCUGUGAGACUGUUAUGUGUGUUGAGACGCUCAACCUGGAAAUAUCCGAGUCGACAAAUGAACGCAAACAACUAAUUGUCGUGGGUACUGCUGUCUCUCGAGGCGAAGAUUUGCCCAUUCGUGGCCACAUCUUCGUCUACGAUGUCGUCGAGGUCAUCCCUAAACCCGGACGCCCGGAGACCAACAAGCGCCUCAAGUUAGUCGCUAAGGAAGACAUUCCCCGAGGCGCUGUUACGGCACUCUCUGAAAUCGGCUCGCAGGGUCUCAUGCUCGUUGCUCAGGGGCAAAAGUGUAUGGUGCGAGGUCUCAAGGAGGAUGGAAGCUUGCUGCCUGUGGCAUUUAUGGACAUGAGCUGCUACGUCACGUCAGUUCGCGAGCUGAAGGGCACCGGGCUGUGUCUUAUGGCCGAUGCGGUGAAGGGAGUCUGGUUUGCUGGGUACACAGAAGAACCUUACAAGAUGAUCCUCCUUGGCAAGAGCUCGACGACGCUGGAGGUCUUGACAGCUGAUUUCCUGCCCGAUGGGAAUGAGUUGUCCAUCGUUGCAAGUGAUUCUGACGGUAAUAUCUUGGUGCUGCAGUUCGAUCCCGACCAUCCCAAGUCCCUUGGCGGGCAUCUUCUCCUACACCGUACCACUUUCUCCGCUGGAGCUCAUAUACCGACCAAGAGUCUCCUCCUUCCACGCACACUGCCACCUGGACAUGAACUUCUCGCGAACCAAGCAGCUGUCAACGGGAAGGAUGCGAACGAAGACGAGGAUCCUCCGCCCCAGCCACAAACUCUCCUGCUUGCCUCCCCCACGGGCCUGCUGGCAACAAUGAUACCGCUCUCAGAGCAAGAGUACCGGCGUCUCUCGUCCCUCGCAUCACAACUCUCCACCUCGCUGACUCACUUUGCUGGAUUGAACCCAAAAGCGUACCGGGCGCCUGCAUCGACUGGCUCGGUCGGUCGUCAACCCCCGGUAGUAGAUGCCGGCAUAGGGCGUAACGUCGUUGACGGAGCAUUGCUUGCCCGUUGGAACGAACUGGGUGCUGGUAGGAAGGCCGAAAUUGCCGGGAGGGUUGGGUUUUCCGGCGUGGAUGAAGUCCGGGCUACGCUGGAGAGCAUAUUGGGAGCUGCUGGAUUGGGCUACUUGUAG